GAGGUGCCGCGGCCUCCUUUGUGCGGCGGGCCGGGGCGAUGCUGUCGGGGGGCAAGAAGGCCGCGGAGGCGGCGGCGGGCGGCGAGGGCGGCCCUGAGGCGCCGGUGCCUCCUCCCGCCGCCGCGGGGGCCCUGGGCUCCUCUGCCGAGGGCGGCGGCGCCGCGGAGCGCACCCCCCGCAAGAAGGAGCCGCCGCGGGCCUCCCCCCCGGGCAGCCUGUCUGAGCCGGCGGCGGCCGGAGCUGCCCCUGCGCCCGGCGCCGAAACCACGGGCAUCGCCGAGACCCCCGAGGGCCGCAGGACCAGCCGCCGCAAGCGGGCCAAAGUGGAGUAUAGAGAGAUGGAUGAGAGUCUUGCAAACCUGUCAGAAGAUGAGUAUUACUCUGAAGAAGAGAGAAAUGCUAAAGCUGAGAAAGAGAAAAAACUACCACCGCCACCUCCACCAGUUCCUGCAGAAGAAGAGAAUGAAAGUGAGCCAGAGGAGCCAUCUGGGCAAGCAGGAGGACUUCAAGACGACAAUUCUGGAGGGUAUGGAGACGGCCAAGCAUCAGGUGUGGAGGGUGCAGCUUUCCAGAGUAGACUUCCACAUGACCGCAUGACAUCUCAAGAAGCUGCCUGCUUCCCUGAUAUAAUCAGUGGGCCACAGCAGACUCAGAAGGUGUUUCUGUACAUCAGGAACCGAACACUGCAGCUCUGGUUGGAUAACCCGAAGAUUCAGUUGACAUUUGAGGCCACUAUCCAACAAUUAGAGGCACCUUAUAAUAGUGAUACGGUGCUUGUCCACAGAGUGCACAGCUACUUGGAGCGUCAUGGUCUAAUCAACUUUGGUAUCUACAAAAGAGUGAAGCCCCUUCCAACCAAGAAGACUGGAAAGGUGAUCAUUAUUGGUUCUGGAGUCUCUGGAUUGGCAGCAGCUCGCCAGUUGCAGAGCUUUGGGAUGGAUGUCACAGUCCUGGAAGCCAGGGACCGAGUAGGAGGAAGAGUUGCCACCUUUCGCAAAGGGAACUACGUUGCUGAUCUAGGAGCAAUGGUGGUAACAGGACUAGGAGGAAAUCCCAUGGCUGUGGUCAGCAAACAAGUGAAUAUGGAAUUGGCUAAGAUCAAACAAAAAUGCCCACUUUAUGAAGCAAAUGGACAAGCUGUUCCAAAAGAGAAAGAUGAAAUGGUGGAGCAAGAAUUUAAUCGUCUGCUGGAAGCUACCUCCUAUCUUAGUCAUCAGUUGGAUUUUAAUGUUCUCAAUAAUAAGCCUGUCUCCCUCGGGCAGGCUCUGGAAGUUGUCAUACAAUUGCAGGAGAAGCAUGUGAAGGAUGAGCAAAUUGAACACUGGAAAAAAAUUGUGAAAACACAGGAGGAAUUGAAAGAUCUUCUUAACAAGAUGGUUAAUUUAAAAGAGAAGAUUAAAGAACUUCACCAACAGUAUAAGGAAGCAUCAGAAGUGAAGCCACCUAGGGAUAUCACAGCAGAAUUCCUUGUGAAAAGCAAACACAGAGAUCUGACUGCACUUUGCAAGGAGUACGAUGAAUUAGCAGAAACACAAGGAAAGCUGGAGGAGAAGUUACAAGAACUUGAAGCCAAUCCACCGAGUGAUGUUUAUCUGUCAUCAAGAGACAGGCAAAUACUUGACUGGCACUUUGCAAACCUAGAAUUUGCUAAUGCUACACCCCUGUCUACCCUUUCCCUGAAGCACUGGGACCAGGAUGAUGACUUUGAAUUUACAGGCAGUCACUUGACUGUGAGGAAUGGAUAUUCCUGUGUGCCUGUAGCCUUGGCAGAAGGGUUGGAUAUUAAAUUAAACACAGCAGUUCGUCAGGUUCGCUAUACAGCAUCAGGAUGUGAAGUGAUAGCUGUAAAUACCCGAUCUACUAGCCAGACUUUUAUUUACAAAUGUGAUGCUGUGCUGUGUACUCUUCCCUUGGGAGUAUUGAAACAGCAGCCUCCAGCAGUACAGUUUGUGCCACCUCUUCCUGAGUGGAAAACUUCUGCAGUGCAGCGCAUGGGUUUUGGCAACCUUAACAAGGUUGUAUUGUGUUUUGAUCGUGUCUUCUGGGAUCCAAGUGUCAAUUUGUUUGGUCAUGUUGGUAGCACUACAGCAAGCAGAGGAGAACUUUUCCUGUUUUGGAACCUGUACAAAGCACCAAUUUUGUUGGCCUUGGUAGCAGGAGAAGCAGCAGGGAUCAUGGAAAAUAUCAGUGAUGAUGUCAUUGUUGGACGUUGCCUUGCCAUCCUGAAAGGUAUAUUUGGUAGCAGUGCUGUGCCACAGCCUAAAGAGACGGUGGUGUCCCGCUGGCGUGCGGACCCAUGGGCCCGGGGAUCAUAUUCCUAUGUAGCAGCUGGAUCUUCUGGAAAUGACUAUGAUUUGAUGGCUCAGCCAAUUACUCCAGGGCCAGCCAUUCCAGGUGCUCCUCAGCCUAUCCCUCGCCUAUUUUUUGCGGGAGAACACACGAUUCGCAACUACCCCGCGACUGUUCACGGGGCGCUGCUGAGCGGACUGCGAGAAGCCGGUCGCAUUGCAGACCAAUUUCUUGGGGCCAUGUAUACUCUACCUCGCCAGCCUACGCCUGGGAUCCCCCCACAACAAGCUACCAGUAUGUAAGAAAAUCAGAAGGUAUUAGAAGAGGAGUGACGAGGCCACAGUGCUGCUCUGGUGAAUGCUUUGGGAUGAAGAUACUCGUGUAGUCAGUGACAGUGUCUCCUGAAAGGACCUCACCAUGAAUUACUUCGUAAUAAUUCCAUUAGAAUGGCCUUACAAAACCAGCUUUUGGUUUGGCAUCCUCUUAUAAAAUCUCUUAUAGCUAUCUGAAGUGUCAGUGUACACAGAAUCCUUUACUACCAAGCUGGUCAGGGAUUUCUUUUGACUCUGUAGAUACUUUUUGAAACUCAAACUAAUAGCCAGAGGGUUUUUCCCUACCCCUACAUGUAUUUGCAAUUUGGUAAUGACACAAGGCCCUCUAGAAGCUGAUUGGUACAAACAGUAGCUUUGUGUAGAAUUUGUGAACUUCCAUGUUAUUUUGUUGAUUUUUACUUUUGUUUGUUUGUUUGUUUUGUUCUGUAGAAUAAUAGUUUUUGACCAAUCUCGUUCUUCUCUGGGAUUUGAGAUAUGGGUGCAACUCUUUCCCUACCAGUAGCAGCAAAUCAUACCCCUCCAAAAUAGUCCAUUGGCAGCUAACCGAUAUGCAUCCUGUUUUAGAAAGAAAGCUGGGAUUACUGAGACUGUGCUAAGCAAACUGGUACAUUAAAUACAUUCAACAAAAGAAAUAGUCACAAUUGGAUAUUUGUUAAGUUAAAAACUAGAGAAUUUAUUCACAUUUGUUUAUAUAGACACAGAAUUGUCUAGACAUUGCCAGCUGAAUGGCCUAAUCUCUCUUGAUUUCUUUGCUGCGCUCUGUGUACCUGUGGCGUUUAUUUCUGCUAUGUUAAUGAGGUGAUGUUGAAGCUGCCAUUGUUGAGCUUCUGAAAAUCACUUUGCUUUGGCUGCUUUUCCAAAUAUUUUCCCUCUUACUCAUUCAGCACUUAAAGCAUUCCUUUCAUUUCAGAGCAGUCUUAUUUAAACAUUUAGGUCCUUUUCCCCCCUCUCCUCCUUUCCUCAUUUAGCAUUAGACUUUUAUUAUGUCUUUCAGCUUUUCUCAUCCUCCUCUUUCUGCAGUUUAUUUCUCCCUCUAACUGUGGUUUCUGGGCACACUGUUUCUUCUGCUUUUCAGUUUUUCUAUUCUCACUCUCUCUGACCCCAUGUCUAUACCAUGUGCAGUCUGUCCCAAAUUCUUUUUGUCCUUGCACCUUCUGUUCUGGUAGAGGAUCAGUACCUCCACUUGUUUGAUGCUCGUCCCUCUAUAAUUCCAUUGCCCACACUUCUUCCUGAAGAAAAUACACACUCAAAUACAACUGCAGCCACUACUUGCUUGUAGCUCUAUUGUCUUUGGCCAUGGACUCUCCAUCUUCUGGCAUUAUUCCUUCUGCUGUUUUCUUGUGUCUCCUCCUUAGUAGCUGGAGAUCAUUUUUCUGACUACCUUUAUUGUCUCCUGGUUGCUUUCUCAUUAGACAUAAAAGUCUAGGAGGGGAUGUCUCCAUAGGCAAGCUAUGAGAAAGGGGAGGAUUCUGUCUGAUGUGGCAGGAAUAAUAGUCUGACUUGAGGUGUCAAGGACUAAACUCAUUUGGAGUGGCUGGAUUUGGAGGACUCUAUCUCAAACGUGGCUCAGUGUCCCUCUCCUGUAUCUCUAAUUUUGCAAAUGAUUUUGCACCUUGAGAUCUCCCCAGCAGCACUGCUCAUCCUGGCUUUCCUUCCCAGGGGAUGAGACAGACUGAAGUGGAACAGGAAUUGGAAUUCCAACAGGGCAUAGAGGAGGUGUGUCCAGGGGAUGACUGAGAGUAAAUCUGAAACUCAAGACUCCCUGUCUUAUGGUAAAAGCCUGUCAGUACCACUACCCAGAAAAAUCACAUUCCAGAGUCAGAGGUGUGACAGGCCUUUAAAAUCCACCAACAGCUGAUCACUGGUGUGUGAUACUCAUCAUUCCUCAAGGAGGUGCUCUCCCGGCAGUUAGCAGCUCUUGCCCUGCUGCUUCCGUCAUCCCAGCAAUGCCUUCUGCUGUGCCUGAAAUGGUGACUCUGAGUCCAGAUUAUCAGUGUAAGUGUUUAGGAGCAUAUUGCUCUCCUCUCCCUGUGCCAGGGUCUGUUAAAUGGACCUUUGGCCUGACCCAUAAUGGCUGGUCCUAUUUAAGUGCUGCCUGUGCAGCCUUCCUACCCACUGACCUACUGAGGAGACGGCAUUGUAACUAGAUCACUAGGCCCACUUCAUCUCAGCAUCCUUCCUUGUGGUGUAGACCUUCUUCCCAUUGCUACUGUCUGCUUGCCCUGACCCCCCUUGGAAUUGACUUACCUGUUUCAGCAGGUUGUGAAUGACCUUUGUCAAAGGUUUGAAGCUGCUGGACAGUCACAAAACCUUGUGAUCGAGUCUGGUUGCACCCUUUGAAGAAUACCUUUCCACCUAUUCUCAGGGACUUGCCACUUCUCACCCUACUCCACAGGUUGGUGAAUUGCAUUUCUGAAAACAAAAAUGAUUGGUACCCACUUCAGAAAGAGAACUUCCCUAGUUGGACCCCUCUUUCUGGACUGAAGAUGAAGGACCACAGUAAUCUCCACAGGGUUCUGAGUCAUAGAAUCAUAGAAUGGUUUGGGAUGGAAGGGACCUAGAAGAUCAUCUAGUUCCAAGCUCCCAGCAAGGUCAGGGACACCUUUUACUAGACCAGGCUGCACAAAGCCCUGUCCAACCUGGCCUUGAACACCUCCAGGGAGGGGGCAGCCAAAACCUCCCUGGGCAACCUGUUCCAGUGUCUCACCACCUGAACAGUAAAGAAUUUCUUCCUAAUGUCUAACCUAAAUCUCCCCUCUUAAAGUUUCAAACCAUUACCCCUUGCCCUGACACUACACACCCUGGUAAGAGGUUCCUUCCCAGCUUUUCUGUAGGACCCCUUCAGAUACUGGAAGGCUGAAGCCUUCUCGUCUCCAGGCUGAACAAUUCCAGCUCCCUCAACCUGUCCUAAUAGGAGAGGUGCUCCAGCUCGGAUCAUCUUCAUGGCCUCCUCUAGACUUGCUCCAAGAGUCCUGAAUGAAUGGAUGCAUUCACUGGUCAGAUGAGGGUUUUUGGAUGGGGUCCAUGUGCAGGAAUACUUGCACUUUUCUGUUCUCCAGAUCCUGUGGGUUUGGCAUCUACUCUGCAAGAAACUAGUUAGAUCAGUCUUUGUAUUCAGUCUUUGUAUGGAAGUGAGAAUAUUUGCCAUGGCCUUGUCUAUAGUGGAAAUAAAUUGCAAAGCAGGGGUUUGCAAUUACUCUCUAAUUAAGAUGUUAUCUUAGUAAUUGGCAAUUAUAAACUUGGAGGAACAAUUUCACUUGGGUGCUUCUUUUUUUUUUUUUCCAUUAUGAAUCUUUUCAUCUGACAAGAUCUCUUACUGUAUUUCUUUGGUCAGCAAGGUGCUCAGUGUUCAUUUUGUCUUUAAGCCGUGAAUUGGCUCCAUAAAGUAAAGUGAUUAAACUGAA